AAAGAAAUAAUCAUCAACAUUGUUGCUCACAACGACGAAACCAGACAGGCCAAGAUCACUGGAGAUGGGAAUACAAAACAAUAUAAGGUCCAAAUAGACGGGGCUAGUUUACAACAGGAUGAUAAAUAUCAAUUCCAGUCACAACAGAAAUCGAUCAAGCAAGUGACGGUCACUUCAACCGCCAGUCACAUUUGUGUGAAUGCUCUUGUCAUAGACACAAUAAUCGUCGUGGACCAGCCAACGGAUUUCAAGACCACUUGUCCGACUCCGUCCCCUGAUGCCGUCUUAGAGCGUCCCUGCAAACAAUUCGGGGUCUCAAUUGAUGUUUCAAGGCUUUUUGUUUGUCCCGAGAGGCUUAAGGACUUGCUUCUUAAGCAAAAAAUAGUCACAGCUACCCCAGGAUCACAAGCAACAGAUGGAGAGCCUCCCACGUAUGAUAUUACGAACGAUAUGCUCCAAGCAUCAUCUGCCAUUGCUGCGGGCUUAACUGAAGGAACCGGUACUAUUACCGAAGCACGACAAAAGUACAGAGAGGCUAGCAAAGCUAGCCCCCUGAAAAAACUGGGGACACUUGCAACAACGUUUGAAACAGCUUCGUCGUUUAUCAGCGCUAUAGCUCCCGUGUUUAGCAUCUUCAGCGGAAUAGCUUCCAUUGCGACAACGUUCUUGACUCCAAAUCCUUUUGAUGAGCUGGCAAAGUACUUGGACCAAGAGUUCAAACAGAUACACAAUCGACUCACAGACAUACAGGCCGACAUAGCUGACCUGGGCCGCCUAAUUGAGGCUAAAGGAGGAGUCUUAGCGAUGACAGAGCAACUUAGCGCUAUACGGUAUACCAUUAGAAACUAUGGUGUCCUGGUAGAUGCAAUGUCAAAAAAACCGGUCUGUGGAGCAAGAGAACUAUCGAAAAUGCCAGAGGUGGAAAGAUUCAUCAAACAAUAUGAAUACGGUGAGCACUUAACUAACUGCAACGAUCAGUUGUAUCUUGUUUUCAAGGACCUUCUGCUGAAAAGAAGGCUUGUUUACAGUUAUCAAUUUUGGGCUUCUAAGGAGGUAUGGUUACUGACCACGCCCGCUUAGAUGGGUUUCGCUCCGUUACAAUAUUGGAGGGUCUCAAUGGGGUGGUGGCUCUUACGGUUAUCGGCUAAAAUUUUGGCUCUUUUACGGCUAUCGGUUAAUUUUUUUCGGUUACGGUUAACGAAAAGUUAUAAAUUAAUUUCUUUUGUUUCAAAGAGUUAAAAAAUUAAUAACCCUUAUUUUUUUAAAAUAAAUGUCUUAGGAUCAUCUUGGGAUGAAAUGUUGUUCUUUUGAAAAUUUUUAACAUUUCAUAAAUCAUGCUUUUAAGGAAUUCCACUUCUAAUAUCAUUUUACGCAUGUAUGUAUGUAUGUAUGUAUGUAAAUCUUUAUUUAAACACGGGAAAUCAUCAGUUAAGCUUAAGUUAAAAACUAAAACUAAUUACAACUGCUUUACAUGAUUGCCGUGUGGGAAUCCGAUAUAUCAGCUACCUUCUUGAUAUUUCGCUUAAAAUGCUCAACGGAUGCAGCAUUUUUUAAGUUUUGGGGCAAGUUAUUCUAUAACAUGGCCCCGCUGUAAGAGAAGCUUCGUUUCAAAUAAUUGGUGCUUGGUUUGGACAGGGUCAGCCUUCCCUUAGAGUUUCUUAAGUUGUAAGCAGAGUGACGAUGAGAGAAAAGACUUUGUAAAUAUUCCGGAGCAAGGUCAUUCAUAGUUUUAUACAUCAUUAAGGCUUUUUGUUUCUUUCGUCGAAGAGAUAGCCUCUCCCAGCUGAGGGUGGAGAGAAGGUGGUUUGAGCUCGCAUCAAAGGGUGAUUUAGUAAUAACUCUGGCUGCACGAUUCGGUAAUUUUUGGAGCUUAUCACUCAAGUAACCACUCAAACAGUCCCAGACGGGGCUGCAGUAAUCAAAAGGAGGCAUAAUUAAAGCGUUAUAAAUUUGAAUUGCAGUUUCUUUGGAUACAAAGGGCUGCACACGUUUUAUGGCGCCUAUAGCUGAAGAGACUUUCUUGCAAAUCUCUUCAACGUGUUUACCCCAAGAGAGUUGAGCAUCUAUGGUAAGACCCAAGGAUUUGGUAUGAUCGACUCUCUUGAUAAUUUGGUCAUCAAUUCUCAUUUCUACAUCGUCACAUUGGGCAGAUAGUCUUUGUCUUGAUCCAAUAAUCAUUAGCUCUGUUUUAGCAACAUUUAGACUAGCUUCUUAGCUUUCAGUCAACAGCUAAGGUUAUUUAAUUCAGGGAUUAGAGCUAGCUUAAGCUCUGUUAACGUCUUAGCAGAUAACGUAAGGUUGGUGUCAUCGGCAAACAUUCUUGGUACGGCGCCCCGCAGGGAGUUGGGAAGAUCAUUAAUGUAAAUUAAAAAUAGCAAAGGACCCAAUAUGCUACCCUGCGGCACGCCGCAACUGACGGUACCGGCAGAUGAUAGUUUGCCACUGACAUUACAUAGAAAUGUUAACUUCGAAAAAGUUUGUCAUCUUUUGCAUCUUGGCGUGAUUUCCUGUUCUUCAGGGGCUAGUGAUUCGUUCUUGCCGCCGCUUUGUAUUUGCUACCCUCUUCUCUUUUUACUACCACGAUAGGGUCUUUACCCCACUGAAGAACAGAUUGUACAACAUGAACUAAAAAAGAACAACCAUACAGACUGAGACUCGAACAUUUCUGUGACCCUCACAUUUACAAGUGUUGGGAUAUCAAGCCGAGAAGUACGCGGCUUUGAAGAUCUUUGCCGCAGGAGAGUUUUCUCAUUCUCUUAAAAUGACAUGAACUCUUUGUUUAAAAUAGAAACAAAAGGUUAAUAUAAGCUAUUGCCAGUCAACUAAAAUUUAUCAGCCACGCGAAAAGGACCAUUCCUAAUAAAAGACAUAUAACAGUUUAUGAAUAGAAUCUUCAAUGCAAAACUAGCAGAAGCGUGAACGUAAAGACUCAAAGUAGCCGUGAAAUAAGAAACGCCGGCGUUCUAAGUGAGUUUAGCACCUUCCUCAAAACUAUCAAACCUAAGGAGCAAAAUGUUUUUUACGGUUAACUCUUUUUACCCUAUUUAUGGCUACCGGUUAAAAUUUUUCAGUUGUUACGGCUAUCGACUAAAUUUUGGGACGUUUUACGCCUAUGGGUUAAGCCCAUUGAGACCCUCAUAUAGGGAUGAAUGGACACUGAACGAUCUCGAUCUGAGUAAGAAAUAGGAAACAAAAUUUGAGAAUUAUGCUUUUGUGCGUCACCCUCAAAACAGUAGCAUUAUGUCAAAAAUUAUGCUCGAAAAGUAGCACUAUGCUCGGCUGAUCUUGGUUUUAAUUGAUGCCCUUUUCCAUUCCUGCAGUCAAAAAAAUACCUCCGUACUAAUUCAGAAAUACAGCAUCUUAGUGCAUCAUUUGCUGGCAGCCACGAUGCCUAGGAAACUGGCAAGCCUUGACAGUCUUGCAGUCGAUCGCGACAUUUAAUAGGUUCCUAAUAGUUAAGUGAGAAACAGCUACAAAAAAUACACAGCUGGUACCUGCCGACAAUUAAACCUCUAACCUCGGAGAGGUUUAAUAACCUUGAAUUAUCUUUUGUGUAAUUACUGCUCUUUUCUUCUAGAUUCCGUAGAUAAUGUUCUCUUGGAUCUCUAUGGGGUAGAGUUUGGUGAACUGCCAGAAGCAACCUCUCUUCUAAGACCAUACAUGCUGGCUUAUUGCCACGGCAAGAAGCACCUCGUUGAGAAAUUAGCUGACGAGUUAACCUACUAUGGUUAUGCAGGUCUGCAAUGCCACUUCACGUACCACACUCUUGCUACUGCGACCAAGGGCUUAAAAAGCGAUCUUACAAUUGAAGCGGACGAUGUUUGGAUGACCAAGCUGUACAAAUUUGCCAAGAAAGCGAACGCUUUUAGAGAGGCUUCGUUGUCGAAGCCAGGUCGGGCACUAAAUUUUGAUCUGGAAGACGAGCUUUUGAUGAGAAUAUCACAAGAUGAGACAAAGGUUUUGGAUUGGUUAAAAAACAGAAUCACCAACGCCAACGACUGGCCUUAUCAGUGUUUUAUGAAAGAGGCUAACGGAAGGGAGCAAAGAAACACUCUGUAUUUACUUUAUCAAAAAAUAGACAGCGCUGAGGAUUUUAGUUCGCAAACCGCCGAACAGUUUUUGAGCUCUGAACCAUGGUCUGGUGGCCUGAAUGAUGUGGAGUUUGCCUCGAGGGAAGUGUACAUUAGAACACCGACGGAGGUUACAGCCAAGGGACAUCCUUAUCGUGAAGGGCAGGGAUGUACAAAACCAGCAACGGAUAUCGGGAUAUUCGUAAGCUACUGUCCUAACCCUGCUAGCUGUAAUGUGAAGAAGAAGGUGUGGGUAGCUUGGAAAAAGUUCUCUAUCUGCUUCUACCGAGAAGGAACUUGGUCGCCAGGUCGUUUCAUGGGGCACGGGAAAAAAAUGAUAUGGAUCCCCGAGACAAUGCUGAAAACAGCAGAACGUUUUUAA